CUACGAUCGAUCUACUUUCGUUUUGUGUCUGACCCAGGCGGUGGUGAAGUGGGCCUAAUGCUUAGCUGGUGACUAUGAUCAUUGUGGUGGAACACAUGAUGAGCUGUCUGCCUAACCAUAGAUACUGUAAUCAGAGACGUCCUGACAUAUGGGUGAAGAUCUAGCCGACUGACUUUAUUUUAUAUCUCUGAGUGGCAUCUGAACUUUCUUCAUGGUACAUCAUAAAAUAUGCCAGUAAACACGCCUGCUAGCAUCAAAAUGGAACACUGGAUCACUGUGUUUGUCAUCCUUGGCUGUGUAGGUACUCAUUGUGUACUCUGCUCUGGGGUCAAGAGGUCACACACAGAUUUCAUUUUGAUAGGAGCGGGUGGAGAUCUGGCCAAGAAGUAUCUCUGGCAGAGUAUGUUUCAGCUUUAUGUCAACCAUGCCGAUGAAAACACAACCUUUAAUUUCUUUGGAUGUAGCCGUUCAAAUUAUGAGGAGGGCAAGGUUUUAAUAGAAAACAUUCUACAAAAGCAUGUGAGCUGUGCAUUCAAAUCUUAUAGUGAUGCAUGUGAAAAAGAGAAAAUAAAUUUUUCAAAAAAUGUUAGAUAUUUUCCUCUCAAGACUGAUUUAGAUUUUGAAAACUUUGGACUUUUACUUGACGUUGGUGAUGAAAGGGAAGAUCAAGAAGUUGGUAGAAUUAUAUACAUGGCUAUUCCACCCAAUGUUUAUGCGUCAAUGUCUGCCAAGAUGUGGAAGUGUUGUUACUGUAAAUCCAUGAGGUCUUGGAACCGGUUGGUCCUGGAGAAACCGUUCGGAAGUGAUCACCAGUCAGCUGUAAAGAUGGCCGAGGAGAUCGCUAAAUUUUACAAGGAAGAGGAAAUAUACAGGGUCGACCAUUACCUGGGGAAAUCUGUUGUAAAACAAAUACUUCCAUUCAGACAUGCUAAUAGAGAUGUUCUGGAGCCCCUACUGACCAGGGACCAUGUGGCGCGAGUAGAAGUGGUUAUGAAGGAAACUAUUGGCGUACAGGGAAGAAUUGACUUCUAUGAUCAAUACGGAAUAAUUAGAGAUGUGAUGCAAAACCAUUUGACAGAGUUACUCGCCCUUGUUGCCAUGGAGCUUCCUGAUGAAAUCACCACUACAGAGCAGGUUGAUAGCAGUAGGCUACGGUUGUUGUCACAGAUACAACCUGUCAACAGGAAGUCUGUCUUGAUUGGUCAGUAUGUUGAUUACGUCGUGCAGGCACAGACAGAAAAGGAAAAUGUGACAUUGUCAAAGUUUACACCUACCUUUGGUGCUUCACGAGUGAUGGUGAAGAACUGUCGCUGGAGUGGCGUCCCCUUCCUCUUAGUUUCCGGAAAACAUUUAGACGAACGCUCAAGUUUUAUUCGAAUUGUUUUCAAAGAAAAUGAUUUCUGUAUAGCAGGAUGUCGCCAUCAGAACGGCAGUCAUUGGAAGGGACAAAAACAGAUAAUUUUCCAAAUCGGACAUGGCAACUUACCAUCAGCUGGCAUUUUAGUUUCCAAGGAACUGUUUAACCCUUCAUUGCCUGCUUCUCUGAAGGACUUACCAGUGACAGCAGACGAUAUUGCCAUGUAUGGACAGAGUUUGAAUGAUUUCACUUUCCUGGUUCCGAAAGAGAACCAGCCGGCCUAUGUGACUGUUGUAGAUGACAUGUUUGUAGGAAGGCGGGAGAGUUUUGUUGCCAAGGAGCGGCUCCUAAGUUUGUGGCAACUGUGGUCACCAAUACUAAAUGAGCUCCAGGGAAUCGCUCCACGCUUGUAUCAGCCAGGUGAAGACCGGUCUCUGAACUUUAAACUGACAACAGACGGUCUUCAGUAUAUGUUUACAGAUGAAGACGAUACUAUUUCAUAUAGCACAUUUGGCCACCAGUUUGCUUUUCUUCCUGCCAGCUACCUCGGUCAUCCACUUAUAGCAAAACCAACUGAAAAUUCUCUCGUUCAGGCUGCUGCUGAAUUUAUAGUCAAUGCUAUAAAUGAACGCUUGAAGAUUAAGAAUAUUUUCAACAUUGCAUUUUCUGGUGGAAAAACGCCCACAAAGUUAUUUCAAGCUUUAGUUGACAAACAUCAGCAUAUUCCGUGGGAGUAUGUACACCUAUGGCAGGUAGACGAAAGAUGCGUCUCCCGCCAAUUUGAUGAAUCAAAUUUUAAGUUAUUGAAUGAUAAUCUAAUUAGGAACAUUCCAAUUCCCUACCUAAAUAUCCACACUAUGCCUGUAGAGAUUGCGGGCCGCGUCUGUAGUCCUGACGAUGCGGGAAACUCCAUAUAUGAAGAAGAAGUUAGACACCACAUUCCGGAUCUAGAGUUCGACUUAAUUCUCCUCGGAGUUGGGUCUGAUGGACAUACGGCUUCACUCUUCCCAGGCAAGUCUCACGAGAUUUCGUCACUUGUUGCUAUGGAUACAGUCAAAUCUAGAAUGACAUUGACAUUACCUUUGUUAAAUAAGGGGAGACAAGUUUUAGUUUUGGUGACAGGCGAUAAGAAACAUGACAUAUUGAUGGCACUACUCGACGACAAGAAAACUGCCACAGAUUUUCCGAUACUAAGCGUGAAACGUGAAGGGAAUGUCACGUGGUUUGUGGACCAUGAUGCCUGGUUUGGUACUAGGUAAAUUAUUAUAUUAAUUUGGGAUUUUAAUAUUCAUCGUCAUUAAUUAAACAAUUAUUUCAAUCACUGUU